UUCAUUCUGGAGCAAGUAACCCGAAACCUUCGGCAGAAGGCCCUACUGUUCAAGCUCGAGGUAUUUUCCAAGGACAUGAUGAUACUGUAGAAGAUGUUCAGUUCUGCCCUUCCAGUUAUACAACUAGAGGAAUGUAUGAUGUUUUUGUUAACUUUAUAAAGGCUGCAUGUGGUCUGAGUAAGAAGUCAAAGGAGCAGAUUGUGCACAUUGAUGCUGCAGAUGUGAACUAUGAAUUGGCAGUUUUGGAAUAUGUUGAAGACAUUUACAGCUUCUACAAACUAGCUGAGGUAUUUAUUGUCUUGAACUUGAGCUUUAUUUUCGUUUCUUGUAUACUAGCAAUAUCUCACAAGUUUGAGCUUAAUCCAGAAACUCUUUACCUCACAAUCUACAUUGUUGAUCGCUACCUCGCUGUGGAGACUGCAUCAAGAAGGGAACUGCAGUUGGUGGGCAUUAGUGCCAUGCUUAUAGCCUCUAAAUAUGAAGAAACUUGGGCUCCCGAGCUCAAUGAUUUCGUGUGCAUCUCGGACAAAAUUUACAGUCACGAGCAAGUGUUAACUAUGGAGAAACAAAUUCACGAGCAACUGUAAUGGUAUCUAACAGUCCCAACACCUUAUGUGUUCCUCGUCCGUUCCAUCAAAUUCAUACAAAUUCAUAUACAUUGUCAGUUUCGGGAACCUGAGAAUAUCAUGGACUACAGUUUUGUGAUUGGUCUACAUAUCUGCAAUUAUUGCAUUCUUCUGGUAACAAUUCUGGAAAUCUUUGUACAUCUAUGUUACAUUGCGUUAAACUGGUUGUUGUGGAUAAAGUUGCCGUGGUUGGUGAGGUGAAGUUAGCCAUGUGGAACCCUCAUUGUUUGCCGAUUAGCCGACUAUUGUAAGUGUUUGGUUAGUUUUUUC